AUGACUCGCUGGUGCCUCAAGCUAGCCACCUAUGAUUACAAUUUGGUGUACAGACCAGGCCCAAAACACCAAAAUGCAGACGCUCUCAGCAGACUCCCACUGCCAGCACAGGUCGAUGAGCCUUAUCCGCCAGGAGACGUGCUCAUGUUGGUUUCCAGGCCAAGCUUUGAACUAGCACCAAACCAACUUGCUGAAAUGACCCGACAAGACCCAGUGUUGUCUCGAGUGAAAGCAGCUAUCGGAAGCGGCGAAUUGCGCAAGCUUGCCAAUGAAGAGUUUGCAGCAUACAGAAAGCUCGGGGCCGAACUCUCUAUUCAGGAGGGCUGCCUUAUUAGGGUCUGCAGGGUGGUCAUUCCUGCAAAAGCGAGAAAGUGCGUGUUGGGCCUGGCUCACGAAAACCACAAAGGAAUUGUCGCCAUGAAAGCCUGCGCUAGAAGUUACUUUUGGUGUCCAGGUGUUGACAGCGAUAUUGAAGAGGUGGCAAGGAACUGUGUAAUAUGUCGCCAGCACCAAAAGGCACCAGGCAAGGCACCUAUGCCUCAGUGGGAGCGCGCAACGACACCUUGGCACUACAUUCAUGCGGACUUUGCUGGCCCUGUGGAGGGGAGGAUGUUGCUAGUGGUGGUCGAUGCGUACACCAAGUUGCUGGAAGUGCGCUGUAUGCGCAACAUCCAGACUACCACAUUGAUCGAGGAAAUGCGAAACCUUUUCGCAACGUUUGGGCUCCCCAAAAAGAUAGUGACGGACAAUGGCCCGUCUUUUGUUUCCUCAGAAUUUGAGGAAUUUUUAAAGAAGAACGGGGUUACACAUGUCACAAGCGCCUCCUAUUAUCCCGCCACUAAUGGCCAGGCAGAGAGGAUGGUGUCCGAAGCAAAACAGGCGUUAGCCAAGAACCAAACAGGAACGUUUGCAUGCAGGCUGGCGCGGUUCCUACUUAAGCAGCACAGCACCGUAUCAACGGCAACGGACAAAACACCAGCCGCAUUAAUGUUCGGGCGCGACAUGGUCACCGCGCUCACAAAACUCCAGCCCCAGCCGCCUGAGGAAGCACCCUCGAACACCAGGGGGUGCAACUCCGCGAGGGAAAUUUCUGUGGGGCAGUCAGUAUUCAUCCGGAAUUUCAUCGGCAGCCCUGCAUGGAUGGAGGGAACGGUGACGGAGAGGCUCGGGCACAGGUCUUGGAUGAUUAAUUGUGAAACGGGAACGUUUCGAAGGCACCUAGACCACAUAAAACCCGGUGUCGAGAAGAGUCAGGCGGAAAGCCGCAUAGAAAGCGAGCACGGAGAGCAACUCGCAACAACUCGGCAAGCUACCGUGCCGGCGCCGUACAUGCUGGAUCCACCAGCAGAUUCCCCUGUUUCAUCAGGGUUCAGCCUAACAGAAGAGCCAGGGCCACAACAACCAGCGACGCAGCCGGACACGACAACGGCAUCACGUCCGCAACGACAUCGCCAGCCCCCAGACCGCUACGGGGACUCCAUCUAA